AUGCUGGAAAAAACGACGAAGCGUAUCGGCCGACACUACGAAACAGGUUUACUGUGGACGGAAGAAGAAAUAGAGUUACCUGACAGCUACGGUAUGGCAUUGCAAAGGCAUCAGUGUCUACAACGAAGGAUGGACCGCAACCCAGCUCUACGUGAGAAUAUCAGUCGUCAAAUAAAAGAGUACGUAGAAAAGGGUUAUGCACAUAGAGGGACGCCGGCCGAAUUGGAGAAUGCAAACCCCAGGAAAGCUUGGUUUUUACCAUUGGGAGCAGUUACGAACCCAAACAAACCUGGAAAGGUGCGACUCAUCUGGGAUGCAGCGGCGAAGGCCUCCGGUGUAUCACUGAACAGUGUACUGCUGAAAGGACCGGACCAGCUUACCCUCUUACCCGCUGUACUUUUCCGCUUUCGUCUGUACUAUAUUGCUGUUAGUGCAGACAUAGAACAAAUGUUCCACCAAUUGGGUAUAAUACAGGAUGACAAAAACUCAUUACGCUUUCUGUGGAGUGAUACUGCGGAUGGGCCGGUCCAAAUCUACCUGAUGGACGUUGCGACGUUCGGUGCUACGUGCUCACCUGCUUCGGCGCAGUACGUCAAAAACGUGAAUGCCCAGGAACACGUCAAGCAAUACCCAAGAGCUGUCGAAGGAAUUUUAAAGAGCCACUAUGUCGACGAUUACCUCGACAGUUUCGGCACCGAAACGCAAGCGGUGAAGGUUUCGGCAGAAGUACGGCUGAUUCAUCACAACGGAGGAUUCCAUCUACGAAACUGGAGAUCAAACAAUGAAAGGGUCCUAACGGAACUCGGAGAACCAGCGGUAAUAGACAGCAAGAACCUUAACCUAGAUUGCGGUGAACAAGUGGAUCGCGUGCUUGGAAUGCUGUGGACCUCAAGCUCUGACGAAUUGAGCUUCUCCACCCGUAUGAGCGAUGAAGUUACGAACCUUCUGCACCAUGACACCCGGCCGACGAAACGUCAGGUACUGCGGUGCGUAAUGUCGUUGUUCGAUCCCCUGGGAUUACUUGCGCCGUUUAUAAUCCAUGGAAAGGUGCUUAUCCAAGAAUUGUGGCGAGCUGGAACGCAGUGGGAUGAAACAGUAAGCGAUGAAGUGUUCGAAAACUGGAACCGCUGGACAAGGAUGAUAGAGUUCAUUUCAACAUUGAGAAUACCCAGAUGUUAUUUUCCCCCAGCCACAGAAGACACGUAUGAGGAUGCUCAGCUUCACGUAUUUGUCGAUGCAAACUCUUCGACAGCAAGAUCUUGGAUACGGUCGGACCCGCGACGCUACAAACCCUUCGUAGCUCAUCGGGUAGGCGAGAUAUUGGAGAUCACGGAUGUCAGUGAAUGGCGGUGGGUACCGUCCAAACUUAACCCUGCAGAUGAAGCUACCAAGUGGGGCCGAGGACCUUAUUUCCACUCAGAUAGCCAAUGGUUUAACGGGCCGGAUUUCCUGCGACUUCCCGAGGAGAAAUGGCCGCAAAUGACUGGAACGGUGGAGGUGACAACCGAAGAUGCUAGACCUUCGGUGUUGUUUCAUUUCGCGAUGGAACCAGUGCUGGAUUUCGAACGAUUUUCGACCUGGAAGAGGAUGUUACGCACUACGGCUUACGUUCUACGUUUCUUCUUCAACAUCUCUAAACCGGAACAGAAGCGGUGCGGAUCCCUUACACAAGCUGAAUUGCUCGACGCUGAACGGACGAUAAUGAAGCUGGUCCAACGAGAAAGCUAUCCAGACGAAACGGCGGUUCUUGAACAGAGAUAUUCUCAACAAAAAGGUCAUGGGUCCAUUGAUCGAAACAGCAAGCUGUACCAAUUAAUGUCCGCAGUAGAUGAAAAUGGUUUGCUGAGGCAACAAAGUCGUGUAGCUGCGGCAAAAGAAUUGGAAUUCAAUGCCCGGUUUCCAUUCAUCCUGCCACCAAAGCACCGAGCAGUGAGACUUCUGGUGGAAGAUUAUCAUCGUCGCUAUCGACAUGCGAACAACGAAACCGUCGUUAACGAACUGCGCCAGCGCUUUACCAUCUCGAGUCUACGUCAGCUUGUUAAGUCAGUGGUCUAUAAGUGUCAGCUGUGCAAGAUCCGCAAUCCACCGAUGGCGGCACUUUCUCGGCCCGCCUAG